AUGUCUUCUAAUGUCACCGUAGCAUCAAACAUCAUUCAACUCGGACUUAUAUCGCAAUACGUUGCUACAGCAACUGGCUUCAUCAUAGUCUUUUUUGGAGCUAUAGGAAAUCUUCUCAAUAUUCUUACAUUGAUUACAUUGGGAAAUUACAAGCACAAUGCAAGUUCACUUUACAUUCUUGCUAAAUCAUUUUUUGAUUUUAUUACUCUCUUUACGGGCGUUUUCACAGUAGUUCUCAAUCGUGGACUAGGUAUUACCUCUAUCUCGACAAAUUUUGUGUAUUGCAAACUUCGAAUUCCUUUAAUUUAUAUUACUGGAUUAAGUUCAUAUACAUGUUUGUGUCUUCAUUCAAUUGAUACAUGCUUAGCGACAUCGAAUUCUGUGUAUUGGCGUCAGAAGAGUAAUAUCGUAACAGCUCGUAUCUUAAUCGUUGGAUUUUUCUUCUUUUGGAUAGGACAUGAAAUACCUUAUUUCUUUUUUCAAGAUUUAAUCAAUUUAAGAUGUGUAUCAAGCAAUGGUAUAUAUACACAAUAUAGUACCUAUUUCAUUGCUUUUGGACUCUUCACAGUUAUUCCUAUUAGCAUGGUCUCUGUAUUUGGCUAUUUCUCUUAUCGUCAUAUUCGCAAUCAGUUUUCACAAGACAGAAAUCGUCCUCUCUCAAAACUGACAAAACAAAUGACAAGCAUGGCUCUAUUUCAAGUAAUCAAUCUGCUUAUCUUUGCAUUUCCUUACGCCAUACUUCAAGCUUAUUCGUUUGCCACUGCCAACUUGAAUAAAAACGCCUAUCGACAAGCACAAGAACAAUUUGCUCUAUUUAUGUUUACUAUCUUCACGAGUGGUCUCUAUGCGGAUUCAUUUUAUUGUUAUUAUGCAGCUUCAAAACGCUACAGAGUACAAGUUCUGGAUGCCAUAAAAAACAUGUUUGGAUGUGGGAAUCAAACAAAAAAUCGUGUGAGACCAGCUGGAGAAACCAUGAAUAUGACAAUGACACUUCAACAGCGAAUAGCAUCUGUUCAGUAG